AUGGCCUUUUCGAUGUUUCUCCGAGCGCCUGCUUGCACAAGUAAAUUGUUCUCGCAGCAAAUAAUGAGGAUUGCAACUCAACAAGCUAUGAAGCCAGUAGCUGCAGAGAGAAUGUUGUCCAGCGUACUACCAACUCAGCACACAAUUUUAAAAUCAAAUAGUCCACCAAUUUUAAAUGCGGUGAGAUCUUUCCGUACAUCCCCAGCUUUACUACAAGAGGAAAAAGCCCAUGAUCACUCCAAGUUGUGGGUUAUUGAAAAGUUGACAUCUGCUGUGCUUGUGCCACUUAUCCCUAUCUGCCUUAUAUUACCCAAUAAAAUGUUUGAUGCAGCAUUGGCAAUUCUAGUUACGGCCCAUAGUUUCUGGGGCUUGGAGGCAAUAGCUGUUGAUUAUGUAAGGUCAUCAAUCUUCGGGCCAUUUAUUCCUAAACUUGCGAUCGCUCUCGUCUAUAUUAUUUCCAUUGCGACUCUUGGCGGUUUGUUCUACCUUAUCUCAAACGACGUGGGUCUCUCCAACGCAAUCAAACAAUUGUGGAGCGUAAAAUCAAAACAAGUCGCGUAA